AGCAGAGGCAUUUGAGUCAGGGCACACAUGCCUCAGCUGUGAGAGGCCCUACUCCCCUUAGCUGGCUGGCAUCCCAGAGCAGAGGCAGAGAGACAGAGAAGGCUGAGAGCGUGAGACUGAGGGAGAAGAGAAAGUUUAGGUGUAAAGUAGACUAGACAGAGGCAAGCAAGUGGUUGAGAAAGUCGUGUGAAGGCAAAGAGAAAGGAUCAGGAACUGAGCUUGUGCAGUGUGGCUCCUGCAGGUUGUUUUUCACUGGUGUAUUUUUAUCUGUAGUGACAGUGCAGGCGGUUUGUAUUUGGAGCUGACAGCCAUGGCGGAUACAGGUGUCAAGAAGGAGCGCACAGGCCUAGCAGAAGUGCCUUAUGAUGAUGACGAGGUAGCUCUGGUAGGUGCUGCCACAGAGCCUGCUGUGGAUGAUGAUGAUCCCUCUGAGGAGGUGGACCUGGUGCUGGCCACUGGCCCCGGAGGCAAGAGUGAAGCGCAGAUGAACGGGGUCAUGGUUCUGUCUCUGCUAGACAAGAUCAUCGGGGUGGUUGACCAGAUUCAGCAGACCCAGAAUGGGCUGGAGGCCCGGCAGGAGGCCAUGGAGAAAUCAGUGUCAACCAUCCACGGGGAGCUGGCUAAGUUGUCCAAGAACCACGUCGGCACAGCCAACACUGUCAACAAAAUGCUGGACAAGGUACGCAAGGUCAGUGUCAACGUCAAGACGGUGCGCAGCAACCUGGAGAAGCAGGCGGGCCAGAUCAAGAGGCUGGAGAGCAAUGAAAGCGAGCUGCUCAAGAGACGCAACUUCAAAGUCCUCAUCUACCAGGACCAAGUGAAGCCACCAAAGCCAUCCAAACCCAAGACAGGAGAGACGGUAGUCGAAGGCCAAGCUGUGGAGGGCCUCGAGCAGAUACCUGAGGGACAAGAGGGACGCCCAGAUAAUCUCAAUUCAGAUGAGGAGGUAGAGAUUGAGGAAAUUAUUGAGGAGUCUCGCACCAAGCGUCUCCAACGCACCACCAAGCAGCAAGUGGACAACAUCAAGAAAGCCUUCUCCAAAGAGAAAAUGGAGAAGACCAAAAAAAAGACAAAGGAGAACCUUGAGAAGACAAGACAGAAAACCCGUGACAACCUGGAGAAAACAAAGCACAGCCUGGAAAAGAAGAUGGGCAAGCUCGGGACCCGCAUGACCCCCAACAUGGAGCGCAGGGCGAAGCUCAAGAGCUCCAAAGACAAGAUGAAGAAGUCCCUCACCCCUGACCACACGGUCUACGCUCGUUCCAAGACCACUGUGUACCGCGUGCCCCCCUUCACCUUCCAUGUCAAGAAGAUCCGAGAAGGGCAGGAGGAGGUGGUGCAGAACACAGAGAUGGUGGAGGUGAAAGAGGCUGAGGGCCAGCCAGGGGGCGAGGAGAACGGGCUGGGUGGUGUGCAUGUGGAGGUGGAGGAAGGGGAGCUGGUGAGUGUAGACAGCCCAGAGAUGGAGACUCUGUUGGAGGUGACUGAGGACUCUCAGCUGGUCAUGGUGGAGCCAGACCACCACCUAAAGAAGGCCCAAAGCGAAUAGAGCCUCCCAGCUCUGCAGGGCUGUGAUGGGAGAGAUAAAAGGAUGAAGAGGGGAACGGAGUCUAAUCAUAAGGACACAAUGUUAGUCGUAGGGACUUACUAGACGUGAUCACAAUCUAUGACAUCUAACUUGUUUUCUGUUCUCUUUUUAUUAUACCCAACAGGGAUGACUUUCAUAUUUGCUCCUAUUUAGCAUACAAAUGAGAAAAACAAAAACAAAGCUAGCUUUUUUAAACAUGCUGCAGGCUGACUGGUUAUUCUAGACUUGUAUGUUCAGGCUAUUUGCUGUUUGUUGUUGGUGUGAUAAACUGAGUGGCUAUAAGAAUAAAAAAGAUAUAAAUAGUC